UUGCUUUCUGCUUUUGUUUGUUCUGCUAACAACUUACUAUUCCCCCAAAAACAGGUUUUUUUAGAUUUGUUAAGUCUUAAGGCUGUCUUGAGAAGAGGGUAUGUAUGAUCUGGGUUCCAGGUUUCCUGCUGUAGCAGUGAGAUCAUAAAUGUAUAAUCUAAAGUGACUACAAUACCCACUAAGUUAAAAUUAGUACUUUAAGGAAAGCCGUUUUCUGUUCAAAAUUUUGCGUCUUGGUUUCUAUGCAGCUGGCUCUCAAGUAUAUGCUACCAUUUGAUGUGGGUUUGGUUUUUGGUUUUUUUUAGAAGUUACAUUUAGAGCAAACCUGCCAAUCCUGUUCAUUUUUUAGUACAUCAGUAGAUGGGAAAGCUAAUGCAUAUUGCAAAAAUAUCAGCUAAAGAAACAUCAUUACAGAUAUGGGUUAUAAAAGGCAGUUUCUGUCAUAUAGCAGGCAGGAUGGACAAAUAGAUGCUGAUGAGCUACAGAGAUGUCUCACCCAGUCAGGGAUUGCAGGAGCGUAUAAACCUUUCAACUUAGAGACUUGCAGACUCAUGAUCUCAAUGCUGGAUAGGGAUAUGUCUGGCACACUGGGAUUUAAUGAGUUUAAAGAACUCUGGGCUGUGGUCAAUGGCUGGAAGCAACAUUUCAUAAGUUUUGACAACGACAGAAGUGGUACAGUGGAUCGUCAAGAACUAGAGAAAGCCUUGAUGAAUAUGGGAUUUAGACUGAGCCCACAGGCAGUGACUGCAAUCACAAGGCGAUACAGCACUCGUGGAAAGAUUACAUUUGAUGAUUACAUUGCCUGCUGUGUGAAACUGAGAGCUCUCACUGAAUGUUUUAGAAGAAGGGAUACAUCUCAGCAAGGUUUUGUGAACUUCCAGUAUGAUGAUUUCAUACAGUGUGUUAUGAGCAUCUGAAUCAAAAGGAAGCAAGCUGUGGAUGAUCACAAUUAACAUUCCAGUUUGUGUUUUGCUUUGCCAAAUCUUCCAAUGAUUGUGUAUCUCAAUAUUGCAAAUUGCCUAUUUUAUGAAGGUAUUGCUUUACACAGUUGCAUUUUUUUAGUUUUGACAAUGAAUAUAAACUACUUGUACUGUUGUCUUUAACUUCCAACCUGUGACGAUUAAAGAUGUUUUUAUUUUCAUAAACUUGCAAUUCACUAUGUAUAACUCAAAUUAUGCAGAUAGUCAGUUUUUCCUGUAAUGUGUUUACUUUUUUCCUGUGAUUCACUAAAACUAGUUCCUGGAGUGCAACUUAACUUACCUUUUUCUGUCUUAAACAGUAUCAUGUGUAUGACACAAGAUGAUAGGAGUAAGACAGAUGUACAAACUGAAGGAGCUUUUGGAAUGGUCAUUUUAUGCUGGUCUGUUAGAACAUCAGUAAGUUUAAGUUGCUUAUUUCAGCAGCUAGCUAUUUUCAAGAUGAAGUCGGUGACACCAUGCGCUGAGUGUAAGACUACCUGUUGGAACUUCUCAUAAGCAGGGAUGCGACAAAACAUAGCACAGAACUCUUCUAGCAGUGUGCUCUUGUACAGGGGGCUAUUGUUCCAGCAAGAUUGUUGCUCUGUUUGUGUCACUAUAUAAAACACUUUUAAACAUA